AUGGCGGAGACGGCGCCGGCGACGCCGCUGGACAUCCACGAGAUCCCCUUCGCCGACCUCCUCCUCCUCCUGCUCUCGCCGGAAGCGGCAGCAGCGGGCGACGCCGAUGGCCGGCGGCGCCGCCUCCUGGCCACCGUCUGGGCCGCGCUCGGCCCGGGCGGCGCCGGCCUGCUGGCCGUCUCCGGUGUCCCGCGCGCCGCCGCCCUCCGCCGCCGGCUCCUCCCCCUGGCCCGCCGCCUCGCCCUCAUGGAUAACCCUUCCCGCGCCCGCCUCCUCAAGAAGCACGGAUUGGGCAGCGACGUUCCCCUCAAGAAGCCCGACAGGUCCGUCUCCUCCUUCGCGCAGCUCCUAAGGCAUGACCAUGAUUCAGGCAAGCUCCACUCCCCGGAGUCGACCACUGAAACCACCGGAGGCAUGGAGGUAAUCGCCGGUGUUGACGGAUUUGGGGAGAACAAGGGUGGUGAUGAUGGUGAUGAUAUUGAGAACCUUGGUGAGCUUUUCAAGGAGCUGGGUCUGUGCAUGAUGGAGCUUGGCAUCUUGGUUGCCCGGGCCUGCGACAUUGUUAUCGGUGGCAAUCAGCUGGAGCAGAGCAUUACCGACUUUGGGAGCGCAAAGGCGAGGCUCAUCCAUUACCACUCCGAGUUGGAUAGCAGGAUUAUCAAGGAGAGGAGCAGCACAAAGAGGAAAAGCUUGGUAAAUAAUGCAGCAGCAGCAGCAGCAAGACCUGUAUCAGAUCACAUGGAUACAGGUCAAAUGCCAGGAUCAGAAGAUGGAUCCUGUCUCAAAUCAGCAGAAGAAAAUAGUUUGAUUUCUCUUGUGAACUUAUGGCAAGAGUGGCACUACGACUACGGAGUGCUGACAGUCUUAACGGCGCCACUAUUCUUGUGCUCUGCUCUCGGACAGGAAUGCCCGGUCAGCGAAGAAUGCUCUCUUCCUGAUGGGCACUCACACCUGCAGCUCUUCGAUAAAAGGAGGAUAUUCUCGGUGAGAUGCUCCCAGGAGAGCUUCAUUGUUCAGGUUGGGGAGGCAGCAGGCAUCCUGUCAAGGGGGAAGCUGAGAUCUACGCUUCAUGCUGUCAGUAGACCUUUAGGCUUGCCAAACAUAAGCCGGGAGACUUUCGUAGUCUUCCUACAGCCGUCUUGGGACAAAACUCUGCCUUUCUCGGGUUACUCUUCUGCCGAUGAAGAAGAUGGUUCAAGUGAUCACAUGGAAUCAGCCGGGUCUUGUGGUGAACAUACAUUGAUGCAAGAAAUUCUGAAGAAAAUCCCCCCGCUGUCGUCAAGGCUGAAAGAAGGCAUGACGUUUGCAGAGUUUUCUAGGCAGACAACGAAACGGUAUUAUGGUGGUGGAGGCAUCCAACAGAACAGUUAA